UCAGCCCUGCACGGUGCCGUGCGCUGCUCGUGUUUCAUCUCCCAGUCGCGGAGAGUCGCUGCCGCUGCGGAGUGGGCGUUCGGUUUUCGGGUCGUCAUGGCUGGCUACGAAUACAUGAGCCCGGAGCAGCUGGCCGGCUUUGACAAGUACAAGUACAGUGCUUUGGAUACCAACCCGCUCUCUCUGUAUGUCAUGCAUCCGUUUUGGAACACUAUAGUGAAGGUAUUUCCUGCUUGGCUGGCUCCCAAUCUUAUAACCUUUUCUGGAUUUCUGCUGGUUGUGUUCAAUUUCCUACUUUUGACAUACUUCGAUCCUGUCUUUUAUGCUUCAGCACCAGGUCACAAGCAUGUGCCUGACUGGGUUUGGAUUGUUGUGGGCAUCCUCAACUUCGUAGCCUACACUCUAGAUGGAGUAGAUGGGAAACAAGCAUGCAGAACCAAUUCCAGCACCCCUUUAGGGGAACUUUUUGACCACGGCCUGGAUAGUUGGUCAUGUGUUUACUUUGUUGUGACUGUGUACUCCAUCUUUGGACGAGGACCCACUGGUGUCAGUGUUUUUGUUCUUUAUCUCCUGCUCUGGGUAGUUUUGUUUUCUUUCAUCCUGUCUCACUGGGAAAAGUAUAACACAGGCGUUCUUUUCCUGCCCUGGGGAUAUGACAUUAGCCAAGUGACGAUUUCCUUUGUCUACAUAGUGACUGCGGUGCUGGGAGUUGAGGCCUGGUAUGAACCUUUCCUGUUUAAUUUCUUAUAUAGAGACCUAUUCACUGCAAUGAUUAUUGGCUGUGCAUUAUGUGUUACUCUUCCAAUGAGUUUAGUGAACUUUUUUAGAAGUUAUAAAAGCAACACUCUGAAACACAACUCCAUUUAUGAAGUCAUGGUUCCCUUCUUCUCGCCAUGUCUGCUCUUCACUUUGUCCACAGUGUGGGUCCUCCGGUCUCCUUCAGAUAUUUUAGAAAUUCACCCUAGAAUAUUCUACUUCAUGGUUGGAACAGCUUUUGCCAAUAUCACCUGUCAGCUAAUUGUUUGCCAAAUGAGCAGCACACGGUGCCCGACUUUGAACUGGUUGCUGCUUCCUCUCUUCUUGGUUGUGGCAGCAGUGAACAUAGGCGCAGUGGCCUCCCACCUCGAGAGUCUUCUCCUCUACGCGCUCACGGCAGCCUUCACUCUUGCUCACAUCCACUACGGAGUACAAGUGGUGAAGCAGCUGAGCAGCCAUUUUCAGAUUUACCCCUUUUCAUUGAGGAAACCAAACUCAGAUUGACUAGGAAUGGAAGAGAAGAAUGUCGGCCUGUAAUCUCCAGGAAGUGCUGUAAAUAAUGCCUGUAAAUAUCCCAUCCAUCACCACUGAACUCAACUGCUCUGCCUGACAGCUGUGGGAGCGCAAUGUGUGGCGUGUGGACAGCAGGAGUGAACAUGGUCUGAGCUUGUGGAAUUGUGGGCUUUCUAAUUCCCAACUUUAUUUUUUUAUAAAACCAUGAGACAUUUUGGUUAAGCACAGUGUACAUUAAACCAGCUA